AUGCUGAAACAAACUAACAAGAGGAGAAGGUCUUGGAGCUACAAACCCUGGAGUACUCUGGAGAGUGAGGACCCUCCAAGCACAGGUACCAACCAACACCGCAGGAGCAUCUGCUCCACAGGGGCUCGUUCAGGCUCCCACGGCAGCAUCAUGCCAUGGACCGAGGUGAGAUAUAACUACUAUAUCGAGGAGGACGAUAGUGGCGGGGAGGAGGAGGAAGAGUGGAAGGACAACCUUGCCAAGGAGGACCAGCAGCCAGGGGAGAUCACCACUGCACAGCUGGAUGGCCAUACAGACACUCCAGCCCAGUUGUCCAUGCUGAACGUGAAUGUUGGAGGCCACAGCUACCAGUUAGAUUACUGCGAAUUGGCCAGCUACCCCAAAACACGCCUGGGCCGCCUUGUCACCUCCACGACCCGCAGCCGCCAGCUGGGCCUGUGUGAUGACUAUGAGGCAAAGACGGAAGAAUACUUCUUCGAUCGUGAUCCAGAUGUCUUCCAGCUCGUCUACAAUUUCUACACAUCAGGGGUUCUGUUAGUGCGAGAUGAGCUGUGCCCUCAAAACUUCCUGGAGGAGCUGGGCUAUUGGGGCGUGAGGCUCAAGUACACACCACGCUGUUGCCGCAUCUGCUUCGAGGAGCGACGCGAGGAACUGAGUGAACAGCUCAAGAUCCAACGCGAGCUGCGCGCACAGGCGCAGGCAGAGGAGGCUGAAGAGCUCUUCCGGGACAUGCGCUUCUGUGGAGCACAGCGGCGUCGCCUCUGGAACUUCAUGGAGAAGCCCUUUUCAUCUGUGGCUGCGAAGGUCAUGGGGGUGGCCUCCAACCUCUUUGUGCUCAUCUCAGUGGUGACACUGACACUCAACACCGUGGAGGAGAUGCAGCAGCAGGCAGAGGAGGGCACAGGUGGCGACCCGGGGCCCAUCCUGGAGCACCUGGAGAUGCUGUGUGUAGCGUUCUUCACUCUUGAGUACCUGCUGCGUCUUAUCUCCACACCAGACCUGCGGCGCUUUGCGCGCAGCGCCCUCAACCUCGUGGACCUGGUGGCUAUACUGCCGCUUUACCUGCAGCUGCUGCUCGAGGGCUUCACUGAGGAGGUUCAGGGGUACAGCAAGGGCUCAACACAUGAUCAAGACCUAGAGACGGUGGGCCGUGUGGGCAAGGUGGGCCAGGUAUUGCGCAUCAUGCGCCUCAUGCGUAUCUUCCGCAUCCUUAAGCUAGCUCGCCACUCCACGGGACUGCGUGCCUUUGGCUUCACGUUGCUCCAGUGCUACCAGCAGGUGGGCUGCCUCCUGCUCUUUAUCACCUUGGGCAUUUUUACCUUCUCUGCAGCUGUCUACUCCGUGGAGCAUGACGUGCCUGGCACCAACUUCACCAGCAUCCUUCAAGCCUGGUGGUGGGCCGCGGUGAGCCUCUCCACUGUGGGCUAUGGAGACAUGUGCCCAGAGACCCACCUAGGCAGGCUCUUUGCCUUCCUCUGCAUUGCUUUUGGAAUCAUUCUCAAUGGGAUGCCCAUUUCCAUCCUCUACAACAAGUUCUCUGACUACUAUAGCAAGCUCAAAGCUUAUGAAUAUACUGCCAUACGUAGGGAGAGAGGAAACGUGGAUUUCAUACAGAGAGCCAAAAAGAAGAUGGCUGAGUGUCUGGCUAGAAGCAACACAUAG